UAUUUUUGCAACAUGUACUGAAGUGUCAUGUGAAAAUAUUUAGUUAAUAGUCGUACAAUAUGCAGUUUGAAUUAAUAAGUGAUUCGAUUGUAUUUUAUAUGUAUUAUUAAAGUAGUUAAAAUUUGACUUUGGAUUGAACGAGCAGAAGAACUGAAAAAUGCCGACCGUUCUUUUCGAUGUGCGGUGUCAUUCAAAAUUAUCUUUAUUUUAAAUAAUCGUUGUUAUAUUUUAAACAUGCAAAUAUCGGGCGGAAUUUAGCAUAGAGAAAAAAAUGUUUUUCGUUUGCAGUACGUUGAGGGCUUACCUCGUGGGGUUUUCCAGCGUUAGGAAAUGUUCGCAUUUGUAUAACGGUUUUCCUAGUGCAGAACAGUUAUUGAGUUCUGACAGUAUACACAACUGUAUAAAGAACUUGAAGGAGGUGAAAGUCAGGCAGAGAGAAUUGACGGAUGAUAACAAGAAGAAAGCUGCUGUGCUGAUUCCCCUUUGCCUUGUAGAUAAUGAAAUGUCACUGCUGUACACCCUCAGGACGUCUGAUUUGAAACGGCACCGAGGCCAGGUUUCCUUUCCAGGAGGUAUGGAGGACUCGGAGGACAAAUGCCUCGAAGAGACCGCCCUCAGGGAGACGGAAGAGGAGAUCGGAAUCGACAGGAAGAAUAUAAGUCUUUGGGGCGCUGGUAACAUAUACGUCGGAAAAGAGUUUUCUGUCUUGCCCGUCGUCGGUUUCUUGGGGGAUGUCCAUCCUUCAGCUCUCAAGGUCAAUCCGGGCGAAGUGGAGUUGGCAUUUGCAGUGGCGUUGAAACAUUUUUGUUAUCCGGACAAUAGAAAGUUCACUCAAUUUCGAUUCAAGAAAAGCGGUUACAUUCUACCCGCUUAUGUUAAUACGGAAUAUAGAAUAUGGGGGAUUACGGCUCUUAUAACCCACAUCGUGUUGAGUGCUCUCCUCCCAAAACAUUACAAUUUCAAAAUUCAUUAUAUAAGACCGAUUAAAGGUGAAAUGAAAGCGUCUAGCUGAAAAAUAUAUUUAUACACAUAAUUUA